AUGCCAAUAAACUUCAAACUUAGUGAAUUUAUUAAUUUAAAUAAAUUUUUUGGAAAAAAACAAAAAAAAAAUAUUAAUUCUUUUGAAGAUACUUUUAAUGAACAUAAUGAUAAAUGGAAAGAAGAACAAAAAUCUUUUGAAAAUUCAUCUAUUGAGGAGAAACGAAGUUUACUUUUAAAACAACAAGAAAUGCUAUCAAAUUUAUUUAAAAGUUUUAAUAUUCCUUCAGAAUUACAUAGUAAUUAUACAUUACCAAUUUUUUAUGAUUCUUUUAAUAAUAUUUUGGAUAAUCAUAUAGUUGUUAAUGAUAAAAUUAUUGAAAAUAAUAUAAAAAAUGAUGAAUCAGGAUGUUUACAAGAAUCUGAUAAUAAAAGUAUAAGUGUGAAUAAAAUUAUAGAAAAAUUUUCAAAAGGAGAUGUUAAAGAACUCGAAAUGGAGGAUGAAAAAAAUAGUAUUAUUGAAAAAUUAGAUAAUUAUGUAAAUGAAAAAGUAAUUCCAUAUUCUUAUGGUUUUGAUGAUUGUAUGUAA